AACGAAAGCUUGAACCAACGUUUGUUAUCCAGCUAGCCUCGACGUUGAUCAGUACUUGCUGCACUUUGCGUGAUUUGAGAAGUAUUUAGUUAGCUUAGCCACCACUACUAUUAGCCAGUGUUAGUUACAAUUGUGGUGCAGUUCAGAAGAGUAGGAGCUGAUAUCUGCUACAUGACAAUGACUGCAGAGGAGCAGACAGGUGAAGGACAACACACCAUCCCAAUGGAGGGUGAGGACAUUACACCAAAGAAAGACGGGGGUGUUUUAAAGCUGGUGAAAAGGGAAGGCACAGGCACAGAGCUGCCUAUGACCGGUGACAAAGUGUUUGUACAUUAUGUGGGCACACUUCUUGAUGGAUCUCAUUUUGACUCAAGCAGGGAUAGAGGAGAGAAGUUUUCCUUUGAGUUGGGCAAAGGUCAAGUUAUAAAGGCAUGGGACAUUGGCGUUGCCACAAUGAAAGUGGGGGAGCUGUGCCAGCUCAUCUGUAAGCCGGAGUAUGCUUAUGGAUCUGCAGGAAGUCCACCCAAGAUACCACCCAAUGCCACUCUUGUUUUUGAGGUGGAACUGUUUGAAUUUCGAGGUGAGGACAUAACUGAUGAAGAGGAUGGAGGAAUCAUCCAUCGUAUUAUCACUAAAGGGCAGGGAUAUUCCAAGCCUAAUGAAGGAGCUACUGUUGACGUAACUAUGGAGGGUAUCUGUGAGGGACGUGUAUUUGACGAGAGAGAAUUGAAGUUUGAGAUUGGAGAUGGAGAGGGUCUUGGCUUGCCAGUUGGAGUGGAGAAAGCUAUUAUGUCUAUGGAGCAGGGAGAGGAGGCACUCUUCAAUAUUAAGCCUAAAUAUGGCUUUGGGAAUGCAGGCAAUGCAAAGUAUAACAUUCCUGCCGGAGCCACACUUCAGUACAAAAUCAAGCUGACAGCCUUUGAGAAGGCUAAGGAAUCAUGGGAGAUGAACACGGUAGAGAAGCUGGAACAGAGCAGCCUUGUCAAAGAAAAGGGAACACAGUAUUUCAAGGAGGGAAAAUACAAGCAGGCUUCAGUGCAGUACAAAAGGAUUGUGUCAUGGCUGGAACAUGAAUCAGGUUUGUCAGAGGAGGACGAGAAGAACGCAAAAGCAUUGCGGCUAGCGGCUCAUCUGAACUUGGCCAUGUGCUUCAUUAAGCUACAGGAGCCAAGCCAAGCCCUAGAAAAUUGUGACAAGGCUCUGGAGUUGGAUGCAUCUAAUGAGAAGGCUUUGUUCCGAAGAGGAGAGGCACUGUUUGGUAUGAAGGAAUAUGACAGAGCAAAAGAUGACUUCCAGCAGGUUGUUCAACUGUAUCCUGCCAACAAGGCUGCCAAGACCCAGGUGGGUCUUUGUCAGAAAUGUAUCAAGGAGCAGCACGAGAAGGACAAACGCAUCUACGCCAACAUGUUCCAGAAGUUUGCAGAGAGGGAUUCAAAGAAAGAAGCCAAGAAGGUGAAGAGUGAGAGCAAGGAGAACGUCAACGAGAUGGAUGUUGAGAAUGAAGAAAAGGAAGUUGCGUGCGAAGCAAAGGCAUAGAUCAAGAUGUGACUAUGACGGUUUAUCUAAACUUUAGACUUUUGUAACUUCAGCUGUGUGUGUGUGUGUGUGUGUGUGUGUGUGUGUGUGUGUGUGUGUGUGUGUGUGUGUGUGUAAUGAGAGCACUGACUUUGGGAGCGUCUUUGCUGGCUUUCUUUGUGUCUGGGCUUUUUGCUGUGGCAGCUUCCCGAGCGGGUGGGCCCUCUCCAGCUGACUGCACCAACCCCACCCCUGAACCCUUUCAACCCACAGCUUUGAACUGUGCAUGUGUUUUUCACAGCGUUUUGGGUAGGGAAAAAGUGCAUCCAAGUGUUAAGUGCAGAAUUUCACCCGUCAAGGGCUAGACCAUUCACCUUGCACUACCCUCUGUCCUUUACCCCUCCUCACAUUUCAUGCUAUCCAUCUUACACUCCUCUCACGGGCCUACUGAUCAAUUUCUGGAUUUGUGAUAGCUGUGUGCAUAGAUAUGUGUCUGAACGUUAGAGUGACUGUGUCCCAAAGUACGUAUGUAGCAGCACUGGAUAGGUGACGUAAUAAGACCUUAGCCUGGAAUAGCUGUCAAACUUUGAGUUUCUCUCUCAAUCAGACGGAGCUCCCCACGAGCCCACAGGGUACAGGACUGUUCACCUUUUACUUUGGAAAUCUUGACUUUCUACGUUUUCUUUUUUUUUUCUUUUCAGUGUUAUGCUUGUGACUUCUGUAUUCUCAAAAUGAUGAAUACAACCAAUUACUUAACUGGAAUAUGUGCAUUUUUAAGCAGCUAUAAAGGACAUUAAUGAGUUUAUCCUGGAGACAGUCAAGUUACAAUUACAUUUUAGUCUUAAUUUACUGUAAAAA